AUGCCCAAGAUCAGGACCAACAGGACGAGGCGGCCGCCGCAGGGCUUUGAUGACAUUGUACCGACGCUUGAUCAGUUUGAAGAAGAGAUGCGGAGGGCAGAGAAUGAUGACGGCGUAGGCAAGCGCAAAGUCCAGCUUACGUGGGAGGUGCUCAAGCUGCACCAUGCCCGGACUCGAUACGUGUACAACCUGUUCUAUGUCCGCAAGGUCAUCUCGCGCGAACUGUAUCAGUGGCUGGUCGAUGAGGGCUACGCCGAUGCGCUGCUGAUGGCAAAGUGGAAGAAGGCCGGGUAUGAGAAGCUCUGCUGUCUGUCUUGCAUCCAGACUCGUGACCACAACUUUGGCACCACGUGCAUCUGCCGCGUCCCGCGUGCCCAGCUCGAUUCGGACCGCAUCGUCGAGUGCGCCCACUGCGGCUGCCGCGGCUGCGCCUCGGGCGACUACCUGGAGGAGCAGCGCCGCAAGAUGCGCGAGGCCAUUGACGCCGCAAGCUCGUCGGCCGGCCCGUCCUCCGUUGAGGCCUCGGUCCGUGGCGCUGUUGCCGACGUCGAGGCCCUCCAGUCGACACUCGCCGCCGAGGACGGAGCCGCUCAGUGA